AUGCAUUCGUACAGUGUACCGGUGGUGAAGCACGAUAUUUGCCACGAAGAAAUGAUCCUCGAAACGAUUGAUGCCUUCGAAUAUCUCAACACGGUCGUGGAAGACGUGUUUCACAAAAUUAAUGCACGGAUUGCACAAAACAAGCAGCGUUUGCAGGCGCUUGACACGCGCGUCGAAACGGUCAACAGCAAGGUGCGCCAACUGCACGAAACCAAGCAAGCGAUCAUCAUUUACUCACCCAGUCGCUAUCCAGCAAGUGAUAUGGAAUCGACAAUCAGCCCUACAAUCUCCCCCAGCAAAAGCCUUACACCCGUGAUGCACCCGAGGAAAAUGUCCGUCGGUAGUUUACCGCCCAAACCGUAUCAGCCGUCCCAUUCGUUGCAAGAAAAGAUCCAAUUCUAUCACGUUAAAUCACCGCGGGAAAACGAACGCAUUUUCCCGUUCGACACGUCCUCGACGGCAACAAACAAACGGGCCGGCGGUCUAUGCGGUCGUGAGUUGGGACCAUUCCUGGACACGUUGCUUCUAUUUAAUGAGGCUACAUACGUGCAAGACUACAAGGGACAAGAUUGGAAACGAUCGGCACGGAAAACCUCGACUCACGGUGGGACGAUACGGGAGGAACGGGUACUUUCCUCAUCGUCCCCGAUCAUACGGCACCGGGCGAAGAAGAAGAGUCAGGACAUUUUCUACACGCCCUCGCUGAGCGACGCCCCGAAGCUGGACGUUCCGAUCGAUUUGCCCGAUCUGCCGGGUAUCGUGAGCAACAUUAACUAUGUCGGAAACAGUACGCUGAUUGCUCCUUCGCUGCAGCUGGCCGGAAUCAUCGAACAGUUGCCCUCGCUUGAGGAUCUCACCAGUGCCAUGGAUGUGGCGGAUCAUUCCAAAGAAAAAAUGGCUGGAGACAGCUCGGUUGAGCCACCGGCAGCACCGGGAGCUGCAUAUCGUGGUAGUGCUGUUGAAACCGUCACAACACAACCGGCACCAAUGGCCGUUUCUCCACCACCUCCCCCGCCUCCGCCGCCACCUCCUCCACCACCAGCACCUUCCAUCACGGAUGAUCAGAAAAGCGAACCGGAAACUAUUAAAUCCGGAUCCGGAUCGAAACAGAAAGACGCUCCAGCAUCUGCAGCUUCAACAGGAGGUGACGCCCAUUUUAACCUGAUGGAAGCAAUCCGACGUGCUGGCGGUGCGGGGAAAGCUAACCUUCGGCACAGUGAACCUGCCGGGCAGAGGACCGCCGGCGCCGCCACCAACACCACGUCGGAACCGAAAAGCCUUAUCGAUGAUCUGCACAACAAGCUGCAGAUGCGCCGGAAGGGUAUAUCGGGCACACGGGAACCACAGGAACCAGGCAACGUGAUCGAUCGGCUGUCCGCGCUAAUUCCACCACCAGUACCGAAGCUGCCCACCACGGACGCAUCAGCCAGCGAGAGCAACGAGGAAGACUGGGAGGAGUGA